AUGCCAGUGUCAGAAGAGACCUUUGCUCAGGUGGCCCCUGCCACCACGUCCCAGGAGCCCCAGCAGACAGACUUCCAGCUGGUACGAGUCAAGAGCACGUGGUGCAGGAUCAAGAAAGGAGAAGCCCUUUCCAACCCUGAGGACAAGAUAACUCUCUCCGAAGCAAAAAUCACAAAAGAGGAAUAUCAGUAUUUCCAACCUUGUUUUCUGGUCCUUGCCAGAGGGGAAUGCAUCUCCGAAGGUGGAAUCUCCUGGACAAUUGAAGCUCCCAUCUAUUUUUGCUACAAAGUGGUGGAAACAUCCAAUAUCCUGGAUCCUUCUAACACUACUCUGCUCUGGGGUCACAUUAAUGAUCCCCACCAACUGGAGCUGGCCAGGAGCAGCAAAAGGAAGCUGAGGCGUUUCGUUGUCAUGGAUGAAGUCGUCGAUCAACUUUAUGGCUCCAAAGUCAGAGAAUACUUUGAAGAGAACAACGUUCACCACAAAAUCCUCGCCCUGCCCACUACUGAAGAAACCAAAUCCAUGGACCUCGUCUUGAACAUCUUGCAAGAAGUCCAGAACUUCAGCCUUGACAGAAGAACUGAGCCCAUCAUUGCCAUUGGAGGAGGUGUCUGCCUGGACAUCGUUGGCUUGGCCGCCUCUCUCUACAGAAGAAGAACCCCUUACAUUCGGGUCCCAACCACCCUCCUCUCUUAUGUUGAUGCCAGUGUGGGGGCAAAGAAUGGGGUGAAUUUCCUGCAGUGUAAGAACAAGCUUGGGGGCUACACCCCCCCAGUGGCAAGUUUCCUGGACAGGUCCUUCAUUCGGAGCAUCCCUCGGCGACACAUCUCCAAUGGCCUCGGGGAAAUUUUAAAGAUGGCACUCAUGAAACACAAAGGGCUGUUUGACCUCCUCAAGAACCAUGGGAAAUACCUUCUGGACACCAAGUUCCAGUCCUACAGUGGCUCCACUGACCAUGGAGAUGCUGCAUUGCAGACUACCAGGAUUGCCAUUGAAACCAUGCUAGAAGAGCUGGCUCCCAACCUCUGGGAGGAUGACCUGGACAGACUGGUGGAUUUUGGUCACCUUAUAAGCCCAGAGCUGGAAAUGAGGGUUUUGCCAUCCUUGAUGCACGGAGAAGCCGUCAACAUCGACAUGGCCUUCAUGACCUACGUGGCCUACACACGGGGACUCAUCACUGCUGGGCAGAAGGAGGAGAUCAUCCAGUGCAUGCAGGGCCUGGAAUUGCCCAUCUGGCACAGUGGCUGCAGCUGGACCCUCAUCAAGAGAGCUCUGAUGGAGAGAUUGAAGCACAGUGGGGGUCAGCCCCGCAUGCCCCUUCCCACCAGCCUUGGAGAAGCAGAGAUAUUCAAUGACACCACUGAAGAGACCCUGGCAAGAGCCUACAAGCUGUGGGUCAGGGACUGCAAGACAGGACUGGAAGAAGAGCCACCCACCCCCUGA